AUCUCCAGCUUUGUACCAGCUGCAGAUCUAAGGCAGCUGACCAGCCUGCCAAAAAAACAAACCAUAUCGAGGACCAGGGAGUGGCUUGUGCUAGUGCUGAAUAAUGAUGAUCCCAGCACGCUUAUAAAACAAGGCGGAGAGCUCACCACCAACCUGUUCCUGGCAGCCCUGGUCCUCCACAGAGCAUCACUCCACCUCAUCAGCCAAGGUUCAUUUCCCACUCGCCCCCCAGUGCAGGCAUGCUGACCACAGCAGUGCAGCUCUCGGUCCUGCUUGGCCUCCUUGGCUUUGGGAAAGGCCAGAUGUUUCACAUGGGACCAUGCCCAGAUCCACCAGUCCAAGAAGACUUCGACAUCAACAAGUAUUUGGGGAAAUGGUAUGAGAUAGAGAAGCUGCCCUCAAGUUUCGAGAAAGGAAGCUGCAUCCAGGCAAAUUACUCACUGAAGGAGAAUGGGAAGUUCAAGGUGAUCAACAAGGAACUGAUUUCCAGUGGCAAAAUAAACGAAGUCGAAGGAGAAAUGAUGCACAUGGAUGUAAAGGAGCCGGCCAAGCUGGGCGUCCGCUUUAACUGGUUCAUGCCUUCUGCCCCUUACUGGGUCGUCUCCACCGACUAUGAAAACUACUCACUGGUUUACUCCUGCACUAACAUCCUCUGGCUUUUUCACAUCGACUAUGCCUGGAUUCUAUCAAGAGCUCCUGACAUGCACCCAGAAACCGUGGAGCAGCUGAAGGGCAUUCUCCAGUCCCACAAGAUCGACACCGAGAAAAUGAUGCCCACGGAUCAACUUAACUGCCCUCCCGAGAUGUAACUCCCGGCAUGCAGUGACACAGCACCAGACCAGCAAUGAACUUUGUUGCUUUCUCUAUUAUCCAUUAGAAUGUCUCUAUGUAACAGAGAAAUGUAAUAAUCCUUUUGCUAACAGUAGUUGCCAGCCCUGAGUUACUCCUUGUUCCCUCUAUUGUUCUCCCCCCUUUUUUGCCUUGCUCUGACUUUUGCAGAGUAACUGACUGAUUCAAAGCUAAGGAGUGAAGAAGUGCUGAGGUGCAGAUGUGAAGCUCUGCUGUUGCUGUGAGUCCUCCUGUAUGUGGAUGGGAAAGGGUAUGAGAUGAGACAUUCAAGUAUUAGUCCUGGGGAAAAACCUUUCAUGACACAACACCAGGUUUGUUUCCCAUGUUUGUCUUGACACUUCUGGGCCUGCAAGGAGUCCACAGUGCCUGAGCUACACCGCAGGGACUGCCUUCCCAGCGGCAAUGCCCAGACAAGGGGGGUUGGUCCUGCAGCCUGGGAACUGAGACUGGGGGUCUUGAAUGUUUUCUGGUGCAGGGCUGCAGUCAUUUGCUGCUACCAAGUCAGCAGACCUCCCCGCUAGAAAUCAGAUCUGACCCUUUGUCUAAAAAUGUACAGAAGUUUAGCACGGCUCCAUCUCAGGUGCUUGUAUGUGUCCUCUCUUGCCUCUAGUGAGGCUGGUCCUGCACUCCCAAGGGUCAGCUCUGAGAGUACCCGUAAGCAGACAGAGAUGGGGCUGCUCCCUUGUCCCCUUGAGGCUUUUCCCCGCACACCAAGAGAUGGCGGGUUCUGCCCGACAUCCCGCUCCCUGCUUCUGUAGGUGCCGAGCGCCUGCUGACACUGCAUCUACCCUGGCAGGUGCUCGCCAGGCACCACGACAACUCUGCUUGAAUAGCAUUGAUGCAGCUCAUUAAAAAUGAAAUUAAAAUA